AUGACGUCUCAAAGCUCUGUGGGUGUGGGUGGCCACCUCUUCCCCGUCCCCCCCGGCGCGGUCGCAAACUUCUGGAUCGUCGACACGACCGGCACCAUCGAGGGCCUCGGCGCCGACCACCUGGUCAAACCGAGUCUGCCGACCUUCCACACGUUCCCCAAAGUCCCGAGCUGGUCGUUUUUGAUCGAGACGACCGUCUCAGGGAAGACGAGGAGGGUGCUCUUCGACCUCGGCGUGCCCAAGGAUGUCUAUGCCAUGCCGCCCGUGGUUUCGGGGAGGUUGAAAACGUAUGGGUGGGUGGUCGAGGUGCCCAAGACGACUGCGGAGGUUUUAGUCGAGAGUGCAGGCGGAGAGGGGGGAGGGUUGCAGCUGGAGGAUAUUGAGGCUGUGGUUUGGAGUCAUUGGCACUGGGACCAUCAGGGCGACGUCCAGCCUUUUCCCCCAACUACGGAUCUGAUCGUCGGACCGGGCUUCAGCAAGGCAUUCCUCCCAGCGUAUCCGGCGGGUCCUCAAUCGCCGAUACGGCAGACAGAUCUUGAUGGUCGACGCCUGCGAGAAAUUGACUUUGACAACACACCCACCGUACAGGUCGGCCAGAUCCGCGCCCUCGAUUACUUUGGCGACGGCUCCUUUUACCUGCUCGACACGCCCGGCCACGCCAUCGGCCACCUGGGCGGUCUCGUCCGCACCACAUCGAACCCCGACACGUUUGCCUUUCUGGGAGGCGACCUGACGCACCACGGCGGCGAGCUCCGGCCGUCGAAACAUCUGAGCUUGUCUUCCGCCGUGGCAUCCAUCGCCGCGGAACAUUCCAGCGAGGGACUGGGCACCGUGACGCUCCAGAGUCUUGAGACCCUCCAGACAUCGCGCGGCCGCGCCGUCGACCAAGCCUUCUUCGACCCCGUGCUCACCAGCGACUUUGACGAGGCGCUGCGCACCAUCGCCCGCGCACAGGACGCCGACGCCCAGGAUAACGUCUGGUUCGUCGCCGCGCACGACGACACCAUCACCGGCGUGGUCGAUCUCUACCCCAAGCGGGCCAACGGGUGGAAGGCCCGCGGGUGGCGCGAGAAGACCAUGUGGACGUUUCUGAGGGAUUUUCGGGGCGCGUUGCAGGGGGGGCAGUGUCCGGGGCAUUUGACCCUCUCUGAAGGCGCCCUUGUCCUCGGCAUCGACAUCAACCAGCCCGGCAACGACGCGACACUCAACUCCCUCCCCGCCAACCUCUCACAGAAUUUUGUCCCCCUCACGGCAAACGUCUCGCACGAACAGACCUGGCACGACGCCCUCCGUUUAUCUCGCGAGAAGUUCUCCGCCGUCCCCGACACGGUGGUCAACUGCGCGGGGUACGUGCACCUGGGCGCCGACGCGCACGCCGUGCCCGAGGACGACUUUGACCGCGUCUGGCAGGUCAACGUGAAGCCGCUGUAUUUGACGGUGAAGGUGGUGGUGCCGUGCUGGAUUUCUGGCAAAGUGGCCGGCCAUGUUAUCAACAUUGGGAGUAUUGGGUCGAGGAGGCCGAGGGCCAGUACCAUCUGGUACACGGCGAGUAAGGGCGCUUUGGAUACGGCAACCGAAGGUCUCGCCGGGGCGUAUGCCAAAGACCGCAUCCGCUUUAACAUCGUGAGGCCGUCGUUUGGGAAUACACCCAUGGCCCCCCGCGUCCUCGGAAAGGUCGACUCUGCAUUCACAGAAGAGGACGAAGCAGGACGAGCCAAACGCCUCGCGACCCUCCCGCUCGGCCGGCUCUGCGAACCCGAAGACGUCGCCAACAUGACGGCCUUUUUGGCGUCGGACGAAGCGAGGUAUAUCACUGGCGCCGGAUUCAACGUCGACGGCGGGAGAUAUGUCUCUUGA